UAUGAUAAUUGGAAGAAAAGACUCUUAGGAGCUGAUAUGAAGGAACUGUUGUGGACAACAAGAGCAACAACUAUACCAGAUUGGAGCCAUGCUAUGGAGAGAAUGAAAAUAAAAAAUACAGAUGCUUACACUGAAAUGGCUAAGGUUCAACCACAAUAAUGGACAAGAUCAGCUUUUAGCAAUUACACUCAAUGUGAUCUGCAGGUCAACAAUAUGUGUGAAGCUUUCUAUAGGGCAAUUCUUGAAAUUAGGGAAAAACCAAUAAUCUCUUUACUUGAGGGUAUUAAGCAUUAUAUAACUGUUAGAAUUGUGAAGCAAAGGAAGAUGUUUGAAAGGCACAAUAGUGAUAUAUGUCCUUAGGUUUAGAGAAGAAUUGAAGGCUACAAAAGAAAGGCAGGGGGUGGAAGGCAACAUGGCAUGGUGAUGAGGACAUGGCUAAGUUUGGUGUAUCUAAUGAGAAAGAUACAUAUGUUGUGGAUCUGACAGCAAAGUCUUGUGCUUAUCGUAAGUGGGAUCUAACUGGUAUAUCAUGUGAACAUGUUAUUGUCUGCAUUUGGCAUAAUGGUUUGGUAGUUGAAAGUUUUGUGUCAUCCUAUUAUAGGAAGACACAAUGUCUGGCCACAAACUCCCACAUUGUGCUACCCUCAAAUGGACCAAGACUAUGGCCAGUGACAAAUACCGAGUACAUCAAUCCACCACUUAUGAGAAGGGCGCCAGGGAGGCCAAAAAAAGCAAAGGAACAAAUCCAAUGAUGAGCAAAGAAAACCUGGUGUGUUUCCAAGACAGUUGAAGACAGUCAAAUGCAAAAAAAUGUCACAAAUAUGGACAUAACACAAGGACAUGUAAGGGCAAAAGUGCUACUGACAGGCAGAUUCCUAAGGGAGGACACAACCAGAAAACAACAGGAAAGGCUAGCUCUAGUGGACAACAGAAAAAUAAGAAACAGAAAAUAACUGCUAAUGAAGUCGAGGUUGUUGUGUCUCAGAGAUCACAGGCUCCAUAACCAUCUCAAAAGUAGAUGCCACUUAGGCCUUUAUUUUGGUGUUUUGAUAGUUCUUCAUAUUUUGCUGUAAUGACAAUUAGUCCAUAUUUUGGUGUAAUGACAAGUAGAUGACAAUUAAGUAAUGUUUUGGUGUAAUGAAAAUUCUUCAUAUAUUGUUGUUAUGACAAUUAAGUAAUAUUUUGGUGUAAUAACAAUCAAGUAU